AGCAACUUAAUUUAUGUACCACACGCUGCCUUGCUUUUUUCUGUACUUGCAAAACCCCGUAGUAUUAGUGGCCACUACUGCUAGCUACUGCAACACCAUGGCCCUAGACAUAUUUCUUCUCCGGGAACUUGUCACCGCCAUUUUCCUCUUCUUAAUCUCCCACUUUUUCAUUCGUACACUCCUCAGAAAAAGUUCUCGAAAACUGCCACCGGGCCCUAAAGGUUGGCCGGUUAUAGGGGCUCUUCCCCUACUAGGAAGCAUGCCCCAUGCAACCCUAGCCAAGUUGUCACGACAGUACGGACCCGUUAUGUACCUAAAAAUGGGCACUUGUAACAUGGUCGUGGCCUCUACCCCAGAUGCUGCACGAGCUUUUCUCAAAACCCUAGACCUAAAUUUCUCAAACCGUCCACCGAAUGCUGGCGCAACGCAUUUGGCGUAUGAUGCUCAGGACAUGGUGUUUGCAGACUAUGGACAGAGGUGGAAGUUGCUUAGGAAGUUGAGCAACUUGCACAUGCUUGGAGGGAAGGCUCUGGAGGACUGGGCUCAGGUUCGAGCGGCCGAGCUCGGGCACAUGCUAAGAGCAAUGUGCGAGUCUAGCAGGCAAGGGGAGCUGGUGGUGGUGCCGGAGAUGUUGACGUACGCGAUGGCGAACAUGAUAGGGCAAGUGAUACUGAGUCGACGAGUGUUUGUGACGAAAGGGUUGGAGUCGAACGAGUUUAAGGACAUGGUGGUGGAGCUUAUGACUUCAGCUGGGUUCUUUAACAUCGGAGAUUUCAUACCAUCCAUUGCAUGGAUGGAUUUGCAGGGGAUUGAGCGAGGAAUGAAGCGCUUGCACAAGCGGUUCGAUGUGUUGCUGACGAAGAUGAUUGAGGAGCACUCAGCUUCGGCACAUGAACGCAAGGGAAAGCCAGAUUUCUUAGACGUUGUCAUGGCUAACCGAGACAACGUCUCUGCAGACGAGAGGCUGAGCUUGACCAACAUUAAGGCCCUCCUGUUGAACUUAUUUACGGCCGGAACUGAUACAUCAUCAAGCAUAAUAGAGUGGGCACUAGCGGAGAUGUUGAAAAACCCAAGCAUCCUGAGGCGGGCGCACGAGGAGAUGGAUCGAGUGAUUGGAAAGAACCGACGCCUGGAGGAAGCAGACAUAUCAAAGCUCCCAUAUCUUCAGGCCAUAUGCAAAGAAACCAUGCGAAAGCACCCGUCUACGCCUCUAAACCUGCCCCGGGUCUCAACCCAAGCAUGCGAGGUUAAUGGCUACUACAUUCCCAAGAACACUAGGCUUAGUGUGAACAUUUGGGCAAUAGGAAGAGACCCUGACGUGUGGGAAAACCCCUUGGACUUUACACCAGAAAGGUUUUUAACAGGAAAAAAUGCAAAAAUCGACCCAAGAGGGAAUGAUUUCGAGUUGAUCCCAUUUGGAGCUGGAAGGAGGAUCUGUGCUGGGACUAGGAUGGGAAUUGUGCUAGUGGAGUACAUUCUUGGGACAUUGGUUCACUCUUUUGACUGGAAAUUACCGAAAGGUACUGUUGACCUAAACAUGGAGGAAUCCUUUGGACUUGCCUUGCAGAAAGCCGUUCCCCUUGCAGCUAUAGUUAGCCCACGUCUGUCUUUGGGUGCAUAUGCUUCUUGAUCACGAGUCAAAGUCUAGAGGUUGCUGGUUGUUGAUCUAUUUAAUAAGACCUUUAUUGGCAAUCUGUUGCCUUUUAUUGUCAGCUGAUUAUCUUUCCACAUGAAUGCUGUUGUCUGUACGUAUGUUGGUCUACUUAAUGUUAGUAUUUGAGACGUUAUGUGGCUUUAUGAAU